AUGCAGACGUCUCGAGCCACUGCCCGCCUCGCCUUACAGGCUGGCCACUUGCCCCGACGAUCCUUUAGCACGACCCGCACAGUAGCAAAGGAGAUUCAAGAUGCAUACAUUCUCAGCGCCGCUCGAACUCCGACUGCAAAGUUCAAUGGCUCCCUCGCCUCCCUGUCUGCCCCUCAACUCGGCUCGGUGGCUAUCAAGUCGGCCGUUGAGAAAUCAAAUAUCCCUGUCGAGAAAAUCACAGAUGUCUAUAUGGGACAGGUGCUGCAGGGGAAUUCCGGUCAAGCACCAGCUCGCCAAGCCGCGAUUCUCGCUGGUCUGUCCAAUACAGUUGAAGCCAUUACGAUCAACAAGGUCUGUUCAUCUGGGUUAAAGGCCGUUGUCUUCGCCGCCCAGAAUAUCCAACUAGGUCUAGCCGAAGCCCAGGUCGCCGGAGGAAUGGAAAGCAUGACCCAAGUGCCAUACUACUUGCCACGCUCUAGCCAGCUGCCCGCGUUCGGCAAUUUGAAAGUCGAAGACGGACUAAUCAAGGACGGUCUCUGGGAUGUCUACAACCAGUUCCACAUGGGUGUUUGCGCCGAAAAGACUGCUUCCAAGUACAACGUCACCCGUGAAGAGCAAGACGAUUACGCCAUCCAGUCCUAUCAACGCGCGCAACAGGCCUGGAAGGAGAACAAAUUCGCCGAGGAAAUCGCACCGGUGACAAUCAAGAGCAAAAAGGGCGAAACCGUGUUUUCAAAGGACGAAGGCUUCGAAAGCCUACAGAUUGAGAAGCUCAAGGGCCUCAAACCCGCUUUUGUCCGUGAUGGCACUGGCACCGUGACAGCUGGUAACGCAUCGACGCUCAACGACGGUGCCUCGGCGGUGGUGCUUGCAAACCGCGAACUCGCACGGCAGUAUGGCUCUGGAAACCGUGCUCUCGCACGUAUCGUCGCGUCUGCAGAUGCUGCCGUGGAUCCCGUCGAUUUCCCCGUUGCCCCCGCCAAGGCGGUGCCAAUCGCCCUCGAAAGGGCUGGUAUUACCAAGGAUCAGGUGGCAGUGUGGGAGUUCAACGAGGCGUUUGCCGCCGUCAUCAAGGCUAACGAGAAGAUCCUCGGUCUCCAAAACGCGCGCGUCAAUGCUCUUGGAGGCGCUAUCUCGCUCGGACACCCUCUCGGUAGCUCCGGUUCUCGUAUCUUGACCACCCUGCUCCAUCAAUUGAAAGCUGGUGAGUACGGUGUUGCUGCGAUAUGCAAUGGCGGUGGGGCCGCGACUGCUGUUGUCGUUCAAAAGCUGGACAAGGUCGAGUAA